AUGGCAACCACAAUAGUCUGGCCUGAGAAGAAGGGAGAGACCACCUUCUACGAGUAUGGGCUCUCCACACCAUGUGUCAAAGCCGACGUCCAAGUGCUGGGGACCCAGCUGCUGCCCCCACUCUACGCCCUGGUGUUCGGGGUUGGGCUGCUGGGCAACGUGAUGGUGGUGGUGAUCCUCACAAAGUACAGGCGCCUCUGCAUUCUGACCAACAUCUACCUGCUCAACCUGGCCAUCUGUGACUUGCUCUUCCUCUUCACGCUGCCCUUCUGGAUCCACUAUCUGAAGUGGAAGGAGUGGGUUUUUGGCCACUGUAUGUGCAAGUUGCUCUCGGGGCUUUAUUGCAUCGGCUUGUACGGGGAGAUCUUUUUCAUCAUCCUGCUGACCUUAGACCGGUAUCUGGCCAUCGUCCAUGCCGUGUUUGCCCUGCGGACCCGGACCGUCACUAUUGGCAUCAUAAGCAGUGUCAUCACGUGGGCCCUGGCGGGGCUGGUGGCCCUCCCUGAAUUUAUCUUCUAUAAGGCCCAGGAGCAGUCCGGAAUGCUGUUCUGUAGUUCCCUGUACCCCGAGGACGAGGAGGACGCCUGGAAGCAUUUUUAUGCCUUGAGGAUGAACCUCUUGAGCCUGGCUCUGCCCCUGCUCAUUAUGGUGGUCUGCUACUCCGGAAUCAUCAAGACGCUGAUGAGAUGCCCCAGCAGGAAAAAGCACAAGGCCAUCCGGCUCAUUUUCAUCAUCAUGGUGGUCUUUUUCAUUUUCUGGGCCCCCUACAACCUGGUGGUCCUUCUCUCCGCUUUUCAAAAGAUCUUCUUUGACAUCAGCUGCAUGCAGAGCAAACAGCUGGACGUGGCCUUGCAGGUGACGGAGGUGAUCUCCUACACGCACUGCUGCGUCAACCCCAUCAUCUACGCCUUCGUCGGGGAGAGGUUCCGGAAGCACCUGCGCCACUUCUUCCACAGGCAGGUGGUGGUGCGCCUGGGCAAAUGCCACCUCUUCCUUCCCGGUGAGAAACUGGAAAGAACCAGCUCUGUGUCCCCGUCAACAGGGGAGCAGGAACUCUCUGCUGUAUUUUAG